AUGACAGAUUUUCGAGCUGCUAUUAAAGAUUAUUAUGACGAUUAUUAUUACAAGCGAAGUCUUCCUCCACCACAGAUCAAUGCGAACAAUCCUCAUCCAACCCAAGCCAAUUCUCACCCACCACCUGGUCACAACCCAGCGUCACUUCCACAGGGAGGUUAUCGCGACCCCAACCUUCCUCAACAAUAUCACGGUGAUCCGAAUUGUCAAAAGCAACCUCCAAUGACGACAUGGUAA